AUGAAGAGAGCGCAUCCCUCGUCGUCGUCCAAGCAGGAGAUCGGCAGCAAAGAGGGUGGGGAAGUUCACGUCUCUAGCCCUAAUAUCACGUACCACAAUAACGUCAGCAAACAGCAGCCGCCAUUAUUUCCGUCGGUUGUUCACCACCACCACCACCACGACUCUCCUUCCUCCUUCAACUUCGGCUCCGGACCGGUUUUCAACUUCUCUUCCCCAACUCAUCACUAUUUUAGAGACGGGUGCUCAGGUUGGAACGUGACGUGGCAAGCCGAUUAUUCUAGGAGACCGACGCGAGAGAGUGGGUCAACGGCGACUUUCCCUGGAGAUUUUCUCACUCUGGCUCCUCCGGCAACUAAUAACACAACGACAACAGCCGCCGGCGGAGGGUACUGUAACUCAAGUUUUCGACUCAACGAUCCCCGCCAUUUUCAACGUACGACUGAGAAGUCCGAACUCGACUCAUCGUCGCUCCACAGUUAUCAUCACCAUCACCACCACCGUCGCCGUCGUCACCAUCAACAACAGCAGCAGCCGGCGGGGGUUUGCCAAAGUCAAAGAGGCUGCAGCUUCUUCCCCCACGAAGUGAUUGACGUAGAAGAUGAAAGACCGAGUUCCGUUAUUAUGAACAAUUCUAACGGUACUAAUCAAGAUCAUCAUCAUAAACAUGAAAACGUUGACCUCAACUUGAAAUUGUAA